AUGGAGUCGGCGGCGCCUACAGAAAGACCUGCUCUGGUCAAAGAAUCAGUCUUUAAUGGAAUUGUUUGGGGCGGAAUGGUCGUGUCUCUUCUUUUUGUGAUUGGAAGAAUAGCAAUCCGCCUUAGAAGCUUCGGGCGCCUUUGGCUAGACGAUGCGUUCGUUGUUGUAGGAUGGAUCUGCAUCUUGGUCUCAACCAUUAUUUGGCAUUACGAAGCACAUUCCAUGUUUCUUAGUGCUGCAAUUGCCUCUGGUCAAAUGUCUCCUUUGGACGACCCCACCUACGCAACUGACACCGAACAUUACCUGCGCUCAUCUGUUGCGGUUAUCAUCCUGUUCUAUACCAGUCUGAUGACAAUCAAACUAUCAUUCAUGUUAUUCUUUCGGAGGCUCCUUAGUGGAGUCCAUGAAAAAGCACUGUUGAUUCAAUGGUGGUCUAUUCUUGCCGCCAUUCUUACCUCAUGGCUCGUUUGUAUUGGGGAUAUCGAGUAUAGGUGCCUUGUAUCGGACUUUAUUGUGAUUGCUACGAAAUGCGUGCAAUCAGAGUCGAUCGACUUUCAAAGGAUCACUCUGGGCGUGAACUGCGCCUUAGAUGUAAUUACAGAUAUACUAAUAAUCACAAUUCCGGUAGCAAUACUAUGGAAAGUCAAAAUCACACCACGCCACCGAAUGGCUCUAUAUGGACUGUUUAGCUUGACUGUCAUCACAAUGGCGUUUGCGAUAAUACGUGUAGCUGUAGUGACAGCUGCGUCCAGACAACCUGAUUCAAGUUGGCUUUACAUGUGGAGCGCUAUCGAGCCUCCAGUUGCGGUCGUCAUCUCGUGCCUUGUUUCUUUUAGAGCUCUUUUCGGCAAGAAGGAACCCGUAUCACGCGUAACAGGCACGUACUUCGGAAAACGAGCAGGUGGUUAUGGCACUCCGUUCAAGAAAAUCAGCAACAAUGGGGCUCAAGAUAGCGCUGACUACACUAUGGAUACUUUGGUCGAAGAUCGCCAUGAAUCUACAGGACCAGGAACUCAGUUGUAUUGCACAACCUCUCGCGAGCGCAUGCUACAUGUUACCGCAAGCGAUGAGACGCAUGCUGAUCCUCGCAAAUGA